GUACUCGAGUCGCAUCCGGUAAGCGGUCCACUCUUGACAGACGGACUGUCGGGACACUGCCGCGGGGGCUAGACAGUUGCGGUAUCUUCGUUCGCGUUGUCCCGUCAGCAUCAUGAGGCUGCUGUUGUUCCUGGGCUUGGUGGCCGCUGUCUCCUGCGCGAGCAACGGACCGAAAGUCACCGACAAGGUAUGGUUCGAUAUCAAGAUCGGCGGUGAAGAUGUGGGCAGAAUAGAGAUCGGCCUGUUCGGCAAAACCGUCCCGAAGACGGUCAAGAACUUUGUGGAGCUCGCCAAGCUGCCGGAGGGUGAGGGGUACAAGGGCAGCAAGUUCCACAGAGUGAUCAAGGACUUCAUGAUCCAAGGGGGAGACUUCACGAAGGGGGAUGGCACUGGAGGUCGCAGCAUCUACGGGGAUCGCUUCGCGGAUGAGAACUUCAAGCUGAAGCACUACGGCGCCGGAUGGCUGUCCAUGGCCAAUGCCGGUAAGGACACCAACGGAUCUCAAUUCUUCAUCACGGUCAAGCAGACGCCGUGGCUCGACGGCAGACACGUCGUCUUCGGCAAAAUUAUCAAAGGAAUGGAUAUAGUGCGCAAGAUUGAGCAGACGGGCACCGACUCGCGGGACAAGCCGCGGAAGGAUGUGGUCAUCGCCGACAGCGGCGCGGAAACUGUAACGGAGCCAUUCAGCGUGGUUAAGGGCGACGCCCUCGAUUAAAUCUUCAAGCAUUCGUCAACAGCCUCAUUAUUCUUUAUGAUCUCUUUAUUUCGUACAAAACAAUCUCUUGGGAGCCGCGCGGGUUUUGACAGCCUCGGUCGGUCUCCCCGUACGGAUGAGCGACAACGUGAUGUUUAAACGGCAUUUAACCACAGGCAGCAGCGAAUAUCAACGAAAAACGUUUUGUAAAAGGUCAUAAAGUUGUUGAAGCAACAAUCGAUGAGCAAUAGAACGACGGUUUCUAUUCUAAUUGUUAAAAAAUUACGUAUAACUUGCAUCGCACGGUAAAUUUUGUACGUAAGCGAAUUUUUUACAUUCACGAAUAAACGUAAGUUGUUUGAA